AUGAGAGCGAUAGGGUCUGGGCAAGAUGAUGAGGAAGUAAACAACAGCGCGAUCCAGAAUUCGUUCAACAUGUUUCCCCCUGAUCAAAGCUUGAGUCCCUUUAAUAUGGACACAAACAACUGUGUGUCGGCCUCCUCGACGACACAGCGACGGAGCGAUAUACCGCCUCCAAUACCCAGCGACAACAGCCAUCAAAAUGACAUGCAGCAGUUUGGGGAGUCGCUGUCACAAAACACAACCUUUGACUUCCAAACCUAUGACUCCACCGCAUUUGGUGCUGCUGUGCCUCAUCUUGCAUUCUGGGAAGAUCCUGCGUUCAUGGCUCCACUUUACCUCGACCCUUGCGUUGAUGGCGAAGACUCACUGGUGAUGGAUCUGCCCAACGACGAACAAUCAAAUCUGGCACCAGCGGAUGGACAGACGGGUGACGACUCUGAGUCGGACCAGGCGCCCAUGCCCAGCUUCCUCGGAGCACGGCAAAGUCCAGAGCCACAGCACGGACAGGCUCUUCGUCUUACAGAAUUCCUUGCCAAUGUGUGGCCAGAUCAAGGUCGCAGGCGUGAUUGGGCUGGGAAAACCAUGUUUUCCGACAAUCGUUCUGGAGAAACACUCUAUCCACCACCCCUUAUGGGCACAUUUUCGCCUAUCCUGUCUUCCACGGCAAAUCACCAGAUAUGGGAGGCAGAAAAUCUGGUUCAUGUCAAGCCUCUCCCUAUGGGAAUCUAUACUCAUAUUGUUGCACGUUUCAAGGAAUUCAACAGCACCUCUAACCAAUACAAUCAAUUUGCAGCGGGCGACUUUCCGUCGAUUGCCGCGUGCAAUGCUUUUAUGCAGCUCUUCUUCGAGCACUUCAACCAGCUCCUUCCGAUAAUCCACCAAGCCAGUUUCGAUCCCGCUCAAGAAGCGUGGUUACUGGUUCUGUCGGUGAUGGCGAUUGGUUCUCGGUAUUCCCAACAAUCUGUUGCAGUAGAAUGCGCGGACAUCCUUCAAGAGUUUGUUCAUCGAGCUUUCCAAGCGACGAUUGCAAAACACUAUGACUCCACGUGUGAGCCAUGGCUAGCACAGAGCGGGCUUCUCAAUCAGAUUGGUAUGCAGUUCUCGGCCGACCUCAGAUUGACAGAAGUCGGUCAAUCCAAUCGCAGUCUAGUCACGUCAAUAUGUCGCAAGGUAAAUUGCUUCAAGGAGGCAGAUCGGAGCAUCGAUACCUUGAGAAGUCUUCCAAAAGAAGAGGCAUGGAAGAUAUGGGCGCAUAGAGAGAGCAUGUCUCGGCUAGCAUAUGCUGUAUGGUUUGUUGAUGGGCAGUACGCCUUGUACCAUGACUUGACGCCUAUAUUUCCCACCGAAUUACUCAGGGUGCAGCUCCCGUGCCCGGAAAGUUUAUGGCGUGCGCCGAGCGCGACAACCUGGAGGAAUAUUCUCAAGCAGAAUGGCAAGUUUGCUGAACCUGAACCUGAACCUGAGCCUGAGCCUGAAGUGGCAUAG